AUGAGAAUACACGAAACUGUCCAAUCGAUCGACAAUUCGAGUGCAAUGGUCGACCCUGACGCUCAGUCCAUGCGCGACUGUAUAGUCCUCUCCAUCAUUAAUGUCUUUGGACUUUUUUACUUUUACCUCUUUACGAUCCAUUUCAUACUCUUCCACUUCCCCUCAUCCCCGGCAGAGAUCUUAGUCUCGAUGUCGGUGCUCGUCUUCUGCGCGGGUGUCAUCGUCUGGUACUUUUUAAGUCUCGUCUAUCGUAUGCUACAUACGUUCCAAGGCAAUGAUGCGGGGAAUUUGCAGAAGCUAGAGUUUGGAGGCGCUCUCAUUCUGAUCUGGACGGCCACCAUUCCCUCGGCGGUGUUGCUGUUGCGCAACCAACCUUCUCUUCAGCUUGGGUACCUCUCUGCUUUCACCAUCGUUGCGGUCGGGACUCUGGUAGACCUUCUGGUCUGGGACUCCAGCAUCCAUACAUCUCGGUACAGAUUCCCGUAUAACUGUGUUUCAUUGGGCCUGCUCUCCCUGAUACCCUCUAUCCAUGCCCUGACCGGGACAUUCGAAAGCCCCCCCUCACUGGCGAUACACUUUGGCCGAGUCGCCAUGUGGAACUCCCUUGGCACUGCCUUCUACCUGCUUCGACCAUUGGAGAGGGUAGGCGGGGUGAACGGCUGGCGGCCCAGCCUCUACGUGAUGCACCUAGUCCUGGCGUACAGCACAGUUUCUUAUUCGAGGGUCAUCUUGCAUACAGUGCUUGAACAUGCAGCCUAG